AUGUCCUUCUUCGUUUACUUUCAAUAUUGUUUCAAUAUAUUACUAAUUUUCAAUGUACAAUCUCGCUUUGCAUAUUCAUGUUAUGAUUGUCCUAUGAUGGAAUUUAAUUACUCUCUAACAAUCGAUACUUUUCCUUCGCCUACUAAAAAUGCUUGUCGAAUAAUUACUGCCCAAACAGGAUGUUUUGUACGUGUUAAUUGGUACAAUCAUGGAAUAAGUGAGGUCUUCUAUGGCACAAACCGUGGCUCCCUCUUGGAUAGUGUCAAUAUUGAAAUAGAUCGUCGAGUAUCACUGUCAACUGGGGUCUAUUCCACCAUAAAAUAUAUUGACUAUACAUGUGGUUCAUCCAAUUCAUCGCCAUGUAAUACAGUGGAAAAUCUCCAACGAAGUUUUCGUGCAGUGACAUUUCCUCUGGACGAACAAAUCAAUACAUACGAUACAUUGAUCGCUCCAUCCAAAGAGUUCACUCCUGAUUCUUGUUUCUACGAUGAAAACAUGACGGAUGUUUGUCCAAAAAGCAACAAAUCUCUUUGCCAGAGAUGUAUGAUCAUCGCCGAAUUUGCACAAACAAGCACCAUAUGCGCCGUUUGUCCUGACGAUCAAACCGUGUACAAUUUCUUUUUAUAUGGAACGCAUUUUCUAGUCACCAAUCAAACUCAACUGGAUUCUAUACUUAUUCGAUGCCAACAGGGCAAGCAAUGCAAUUCAGUAGCGAAUGUUGAGAACAUACGACGAGAUUUAGCCACUCAAUUCGACUAUGAUCAGUUUUUUAAUUCAAAAGCCUCAACUACAAGAUUAUUUUCGAUGAUACUACCUAUGCUAGUGGGUCUCGCAUCGAGACGAUUACUUUAA